AUGGCCUUGUCGAGCCCCUAUGAAAAUGGCGCGGCAGCUCGUGUCGUGCAUGGGGUGCGCCGGAUUCUGUCGAAAUGGGACGACUUCAUCCUACAGCCUCGAAAGGGCGAACUCGUGCCUCUAGGGAGAACGAACCCUGGCGCAGGUGUGCUUCCGUUGUUCAUGGUCAAGCUGUUUUCGAGAAAGAUCGACCAGCUGGCGGAGGGAGCAGGUGUGGGAGGGGGUGCCGACCACGAGGGAGGAGGCGAGAAGACGGGACGUGUCGUGAUUGAGUACAGCGUCGAGGAGGAGGAGGAGAUCGAGGAGGAUACAUCGAGCUCGAGCGAUGAGUCGGUCGAGGACGACGGCGAGGGCGCCGGACAUAGAACGGAGCGUACGGGGGAGCAUGGAGAGGCGCUCGGGGAGCGGGUGGAUGAGCGAGUAGAGCUUAUCGAGCAGCAGGCGACAGGGGAAACAAAGGCUGUCGAGGAGCAGGAGGGCGGAGCGGCUGAGCAGGAGGGUGGGGUCGGAGGGCAGCAGCAGGUGGUGGGCGAGGCGGCUGCGCAGGAGGGCGGGGCAGGAGGGCAGCAGCAGGAGGGCGUGGCGGCUGCGCAGGAGGGUGGGGCAGGAGUGCAGCAGCAGGAGUUUAGGGUUGCGGCUGCGCGGGUGGGUGGGUCGGGAGGGCAGGAGCAGGAGGACGGGGAGGCUGCUGAGGAGUAUCGUCGAGGAGAUGAGCGACAGGCCGCCGUAACAAGGAGUCACCGCACGGCCAGUGGCAGCGGACAGGCACAGGCGGGCCCUUCGACAGGGUGGCCUUCGACGGCAGGCCAAUCGACGGCGAACGUUGCACCCGGAGGCCGGGUCGUCAAGCUACUGCAAAGGGUCGAGAAGGUCGAGGCGUCGCAGAAGCAGCUCGUCGCCGAUGUAUUUGCGAAACACACUGAGCAAGCCGGAGUAUUCAACAGGCUUGCUGCGGAUUUUCGGACGGCGUGGAAUACGAUUUCGGAGUCGUCGAAAAGCACACUGUCGCAGUGCGCCGAGGCUGUGAAGGGUGUCACGGCGGAGAGGAACCUGUUGGAAGGGGCGCGGGCGAAGAUCGACGAGAUGAGCGGGAAGAUCAUCGAGGGGGUGGCAGCCGCCAUCACAAAAGCGAGCGAGGACGCCGUCGAGAAGCAGCUCAAGCAGGUCGAGGAGCGGCUAGUUGCUGCGGUGCUGAAAGGUUUCGAGAAAGCCAUCAUGGAGGACAUGUUUUGCUCCACCCUCCCACCCGAGACCAUGAAGGAGCUGAAGGACAUUGUGAGGGAAGGCUACCAUGAAGCCGAAGCAGGGAGGUUGGAAGUUCUCACCGAAGCGAUGGCAAGAGGUUUUCAGCGCUCGGCGGGCCCAUCGACGAGGUCGCGUCAGGAGGGUGUGGGAGGGGUUUGCAGCGGGGCUGAGCCUCGAGGUCACGAGCGGUCGGUUCCUCCAUCUUCUUCGGUGGGAGGACAUGUCGGCAGCCCGGCGGCGGGGAAAGGAGCGGGAGAAGCAAGCGCUGGGUUGCUGUCGAAGACUAAAGCGGCAUCAGCUGCGCACGGCGGUGGUGCUGGCCUUGCUGUCGGGCUUGUGGGAAAUCGGGCGUCUUCCUCAACCCCUCCAGUUGCUCCUGUCGCCGCUGCUCCGUCCCUAGGCAACGUUUGCCUUAGCGAUCCGGGCUCCCCUUCAACGUCGAAGAAGAAGCCAGCUGCGACGAAGUCGUCGAAGCGCGCUGCACACGCGACAGAGAGCCUUGACGUGGUGGAGCUGGCCAGUGUCCCUGGUCAGGCGCCUGUCGAGAAGACCUCUAUUGUCGUUGCUGCUCGACAGGAAAAGGCGAAGAAGGCUAGGGUCACGGGUCACACCCCACCUCCUCGACCGGACGACCAAGGCAAGACGAGAGGCUGCAAACGUCCCUUCAAAGGACCGGGUUUCGGGUUGCGGAAGGGGAAGCUGGUUUCCGAGCAGACCGUCGGCGGGAGGAAGCGGUUCCUUGGCACUUUUGAAACAGAGAAGGACCAGAAGUCUGACGAGGAGGACUGGAAGGUCUACCUCGAUGCGGCCACAGAAAUGCCAACCGGCGUUUGGAGCGUGGCGCAAGAACAAGGGGAAUGUCGUUUCGACGAGUAA